AUGUACCUAAAAAUAAAUAAACUGCUGAAAGAAACAGAAAGCAGUAACCUGGAGCUGUCCUCCAAGCUCACGUCUCAGGAGGAAGAAAACAAGAGACUCCAGGAAGAGGUCACAGAGCUUAGAGCUGAAAAAGACCACCAAAACCAACUAGUGGAAGUCAGUCGAAAGUAUUUGGAGGCCUACAAUGAAGGCCCAAUAAAACAUCUCCAUAGGUCAAACGAAGAGACCAACACAGAGCCCUUCCUAUCAGAUGGUGAGAACGAUGCUGCAGAAACACUCCAGACUGCAGAAGAACAGAUGUCUCAAUGGAGGAGAUUAAAGCAAUUUAGGACUCCAAAAUAUUGCUAUCAGUCCAAGCAGCGACUGAUGGACCAGGAGGCUCAAUAUGGACCAGGAGUGAUUGCGCCAACCACCCAACCUACCUUCACACCUUAACCUACCUAUCCUCCUCAGCCACCCUAACCAACCCAACCUCCCCAAGUAACUUAGAGCAGGCCCAAGAAGCAUCAAAGGGGGGAAGAAAAAUCACAUCUUCUUGCAGGAAAUAAGUCCUCCAAAUUGAAGGCUGCCUUAGAGCAGGCCCAAAAAGACCAUGAGAUCCAGAGGCAGCAAUGGGAGCAAGAAAAAUCACAUCUUCUCCCAGACAAAGAGGAUUCAUGCAAGUUGAAGGCUGCCCUGGAGCAGGCUGAAGAGGAGAUGAAGACACAGAAGCAGAGGUGGCAGAAGGACAGGUCCUGUCUCCUAAGAGAGCACGAAGAGGCAAUCAUUCAGAUGGAGGCUUCCCUAAAGAAUGCCCAAGAAGAGCUGAAGAACAAGAGGUGCCAACAGGAGAAGGAGAGACAGCUUUUACUUACUGGGCACUAG